AUCAGGUCCCUUCCUAAUGCCUCAACACCAGAUUCCGCUAAUACUAACGUUAACAGCUACACAUCCUCUAAUGCAUUUAAAAAAAAAAAAUCAGAUUAGCACAAACCAGCUGACCCAUGGCAAACACAGGGCUUUCGUGUAACAUUGGGCUCAGUGGCAGUUGUCCUCUUUGCCUGGUGUGCGGUCUAGCCUCGGUUAUUGUUCCAUGUGGCCUCGGUGGGUGGACGGACGGACGGACGGUCCAUCCUGCUGCUUGUUGUUCAGCCAUUCCGCCAAUGAGAGCCCGGCUGCCGCUCGGUCCCAGUCCAAUGAGAGCAGCGGGGUCCGGGAUCAGAUCGAGAGUUGGGUUGUUCAAUCUGUGAGGAGCAGGACAACAACCACCUCUGAGUGUACCGGAUGGAUGGAUGUUGGUGAUGAAUGCUCCUGUUGGUGACCAUGGACAUGGGUGAUUGAGCUGAACGUUGCUGUUGAGUUCUCUGCAGAUGUUGUGAUGUAUUGUCCCAAACCUGAUCAAGCAAACUACUUUUACAAAUGAGGUGCUGCUUGGUUACAGGACGUGUGUCCUAUCACUGAGGCCACAUGUGCAUCGUGAGAGAUGGAUCGUUGUAAGCACGUGGGACGCCUGCGUCUGGGUCACGACCAUUCCAUCCUCAAUCCACAAAAAUGGCACUGUGUGGACUGCAGCACCACCGAUUCAGUGUGGGCCUGCCUCAAGUGCUCCCACGUGGCCUGUGGACGUUUCAUAGAGGAGCACUCACUCAAACACUUUCAGGAGUCACACCACCCACUGGCUAUGGAGGUGCGUGAGCUGGAUGUGUUCUGUUUUGCCUGUGGAGACUAUGUACUCAAUGAUAACGCAGAGGGAGACCUCAAACUCCUCAGAGGGGCACUCUCUACUGUUCGCACCCCAGGUAGACGCUCACUACGCUCCUCGACUGGGGGAGAGUGCACCCCCUGGGUUGGGGACUGUGGGCCACAGCCCCCCAUGCAGCUGGCCUCGCGUCACAGGAGGAAAGCACUUCUGGGGAAGAUGCUUCAAAUGUGGAUCUGUAAACAUCAAGAGCUGCAGAAUCGGCGUAAAGAGAAACUUGAGGAAGCCAGAAGACAAAAAAAAGAGGUGAAAAGGAGACUCAUGGAAGAGCUUGGCAAUGUCCCGCCCAGAAAGAGUGCUAGGCUUCUUACUCAGGCGCCACGUUCAACCAUCACACUCAUUCCUCGCAAAUUUCGCGACCCUCCAGAACGCCUACCUCCUCCCCCCAAGAAGCCUUCCCUUCUCCCCUUGUCCCGUAAGGCUCCUCCGAAUGGCAGAGCUGCUAAACUGAGGAGGUACUACUCCACACACACGGUAACCCGCCGGAGACUUGCUCCAGGUGUCACUGGUCUGCGCAAUUUGGGGAACACAUGCUACAUGAACUCAAUAUUGCAAGUGCUAAGCCACCUGCAGAAAUUCAGGGAGUGUUUUCUCACUUUGGACCUUUGUGAGACUGAGGAGCUGCUGGCCAAGACCAAUCACUCCCAGGGGAUGAAGGGUGUGACAGGAAGUGUCGUCAGCAGUAGUACCACAGCACUGUCGGGAGGCCCUCUUGAACCCAUAGGCAAGGCAGGCAGUUGGAAUUUGCCCGUGGGCAAAAAAGAAAGUGCCCUGCCUUCCCCACAGGCUUCGGAGUUGGUCCAGCCCAAGGAGUCUCGCUGCUCCACCCGCCAGCAGAUGUCUCUGUGCCAUGAGUUGCAUACACUUUUCAGGGUCAUGUGGUCAGGCCGGUGGUCUUUAGUGUCUCCAUUCGCCAUGCUGCACUCUGUGUGGAACCUCAUCCCAGCUUUCCGUGGGUACGACCAGCAGGACGCCCAGGAGUUCUUGUGUGAGCUGCUGGACAAGGUGCAGCAGGAGCUGGACACAGAGGGGUCCAAACGCAGGAUAGUUAUCCCCAUCACAAAGAGGAAACUAUCCAAGCAAGUGCUCAAGGUUCUCAACACCAUCUUUCAUGGGCAGCUACUCAGCCAGGUGACGUGUCUGUCCUGUAAGCACAAGUCUAACACAGUUGAGCCGUUCUGGGAUUUGUCUUUGGAGUUUCCAGAGCGAUACCACAGCAUAGACAAAGGCUCAGGCUCUACAGCUUACCAGCGCAGCUGCACCCUCACUGAGAUGCUGUCCAAGUUUACGGAAAUGGAGGCUCUUGAAGGCAGCAUCUAUGCCUGCAACCACUGCAACAAAAGAAGACGGAAAUCAUCCCACAAACCCUUAGUUCUGUCAGAGGCACGUAAGCAGCUUCUGAUCUACCGUUUACCUCAGGUUCUACGGCUGCACCUCAAACGCUUCAGAUGGUCAGGGCGGAACCAUAGGGAGAAAAUCGGCGUCCAUGUGGCCUUUGACCAGGUUCUGAACAUCAAACCAUACUGCUGCACAGGCUCAGGUCACUCUGUCCACAGAGGAGGCUACACCUACGAUCUGUCUGCUGUUGUUAUGCAUCAUGGUAAAGGCUUUGGCUCAGGGCACUACACCGCAUACUGCUACAAUACAGAAGGAGGUUUCUGGGUCCACUGUAAUGACUCUGAGAUGAAGGUUUGCAGUGUGGAGGAAGUGUGCAACACUCAGGCCUAUAUUCUCUUCUAUACCCAGAGGUCUGCCUAGGUACCUCUCGCUGUGAUGUCGAUCUGUACGUGGCAACUAAAGGCUGCAUUUAUGAAAACGUUCUGAUAUUUUCCCCAGAUGUCAUUAAACAAUCAUUUUGAAAUGAUUUACCAAAAAAAAAAAAAAAAAGAUAGCAAGGGGCCAGUAGGACAGCCACAAUCAUAAGUCAAAGUGAAAAUUUUAGGAGCAUAAUCCUGAUGAGAAAGAUUAUGAUAAUUGUAUACAUGCUGUAGUAGUAGUAUGUAAUAGAAGGAAAAAUAAUUGGAAUUUAAAUGUUCUAAUAGGCGGCUUUGGAUUGCGUUGGAUUUUAAAUGAAAAUAAUAAAUCAAAAACCUUUUCAUAAAUGAGGCCACCGGUUUCUCGGCCUGUGGGACCAGCAUACCGGUUAACGGCCCGAAGACUGUGGGAGCAGGUCCGACUCUGUCCUGCUGAACACCAAGUUGUGUGUCCGUGUUUUUAAAAAAAGAAAAUACAAUCAGGCUCGUGUCUGAGUCUGGAACCAACCAGGUGCUCUCCUGUAACAGCAUUUCACAUUCAAAGGCAACAUGGAUUCUGGAUUUUAGAGCAUUUUAAUCACAAUAGUGUUGUUAAUGUGCCUUUUAUAUAUAACUGUACAUUUAAUAGCCAAUGCACUAAAUGUUAUAAGAGGUACUACUUUCAACAUUAUUGUGUCGUUCCACUUGAAUUAAAUGAAUCUGGUGAAUAAAGUCCAGAGUCUUUGUCGCCGUCUGUUCAGCUUUUUUUAAUUAUCGUGAAAUGUCAGUUCUGAAAACUUUUAAUACUCAUCCCUGUGUCGUUUGUACUUCAUGUCCUCUCCUCAAUUGUACUGCUGUGACUGGAUACUGUGUCUCAGGCUUGAGGCCUUUACCCUUUGCUCUCAGUGAACAGGACUAGUUUAUGUUUUAGUUUUUAUUUUGUAGUCAUUCUAUGUUUCACUUUCAUAAAAAGAAGCAAAAAGUUUGAGUUUCAGACACUUGAUUGAUGAUGAGUGGUGGAAAGCUGCACUUUUGAGGAGGGGCUAAUAUUGUUGGUCCUAUCUUUGUGAUUGUUCAUCUUUUUGCUCCUGUAUCUUGUUUAAAUGGCAGCUCCCCCCUGUUGCGUAACGGUGAGACUAGUCUGAGCCCGGGUCGGCAGGAGAUGGAAAAAAACGAGUUAAAGGGCAGACUGCGAUACAGAAGAAUGUGUUGGGGUACCCAUUUUGAGUUGAGCACCUGAAAGCAAUAUAUUGUACAUCUUGCAUCUUGACAGGACAUUAAGAUAAAAUCAGGAAUUCUUCUGCUUGUUAUACAAUGUUUUUUUUCUACUCUGCUGUUUCUAUCAAGGUCUUUAGAAUUUGCUAGGUAAUCAAGAAAAAAACGUGUUUGAUACGAGUCAAACGAACUCUAUGUAAAAGUCGGAACAAUCUAAUGACGAUGAAUGUCUUACUUUUUAGCGGUCAGGUGUGGCCAUGCCACUGGCUCUGAUCCCUUUGAGUUCUGUCUUGUACUGUAAGAAUACCUGUCAUAAAUGUAAUGGUCACAUGGGUUUUGCCUGAUGGUAAUUAUUAAAAAGACAAAACAAAUGUGA